AUGCGCGUACUUUCUAUCUUGCUCUUGGUGGCAGGCACACUAGCCAACCUAGCUAGGUUUGACGAUAACAGCUAUUCGCAAGUAUGUGCCGGGUUAUAUUCCAAGAAGGAUUGGGGCGGAUCGUUCAAGCCGCAUAUCGGAAUGUCGUUGCAGAAAUACGGCGACCACCAAUUCAAUGCCAAAGAGCCCGACUCGGCCAAUGUCGACGGGGUCUCUGUCAGCUACAUCAUCUUUGAAUAUAAGGACUUGGUCAAUAUCGGUGCACCUUUGGGCGAUGGCAGAUUCAAGUUCAUCUGUGACGACUACGCCGUUGACGAGCUAAAAGUUUGCUCCGAGGAGCAAAAGGGCCAGUUUAUCGUCAAUUCCAACUCCACCAACUCCACCAUUUUGACGUCGGAGUUGACGCAGUUGGGCCCCGCGAAUAUCCAGUACCCGAUCAACGUCACUGGCUACUAUUGCGUCUCGACCUUUUCCAAGCACGAUGACGCGCAGUACCGAGGCACCAUCAACUUCCAAAACGCCUUUGGCAACUUGAAUGCUAGUGAGAUCCCCAAGUUGCCCGGAUACGGGAUCAUGACCUUAUGUUACGCGAUAACGUUGGCGUUGUUUGGAUUCCAGUUUUUCAAAAAGAGAAAGCAAAACCAGAUUUUGCCGUUACAGCGGUAUUUGCUUGCCAUGUUGGGGUUCCUUACGUUUGAUACGUUGGUGGUGUGGUCGUAUUACGACUGUAUCAACAGAGUCCAAAGUCCCACUAAUGGACUAGUGAUUGCCUAUAUGGUGUUUAUGGCCAUUUGCAACGCCGUCAAGAUUACAUUUGCCUUUUUCUUGUUGCUUUGUAUUGCCUUGGGGUAUGGUGUUGUCAAGUUGAAACUAAACAAGAAAACCAUGUUUUGGUGCAAGAUUCUCGCUGGUUGCAAUUUCGCUGCAAGUUUGGUUUAUUUGAUUUUCAAUUACUAUACUGGUUCGUCUAGUGCGUUGGUGAGUUCAGAUUCCAUCGACACCGUGGGCGCAGGCAGUUUCCUUGGACUCUUGCCGUUGAUCCCCAUUUCGAUUGUCUUGUCGAUUUACUAUGUCACGAUCUUGUCGUCGAUUCGCACAACAACACAAAACUUGCACCAGCAGCGCCAAAUCAUCAAGUUGCAAUUGUACCAAAACUUGUUCAGGAUCAUCUUCUUUGCCAUCAUUUUGACGUUCCUCGGACUCACCUUGAGUUCGUUUAUUUAUUUGAGUAUGUCCACAACCGAGAUGUUUGAGCAGCACUGGAAAAGCUCCUUUUUCAUCUUUGACUUUUGGCCCAGUGUUGUUUUCUUCUUUGUGUUUGUGAUUAUCGCAUGGUUAUGGAGACCAACAGAAACAAGCUAUAUGCUUGCCGUUUCACAACAGUUGUCAACUGGUGGCGGCGGCGGCGGCGACGAUGACGACGAUCCAGAGAAUCCAAAUUAUCAAAAUUCAGGCGCUGGAGAUUUCGAAUUGGACGAUUUAUCACUCAUGAGCCACGACGACGAUGAUGAUGAAGAAGAAGGCCACGCGGGUAAUGUGGCUGGUCGAGAUAGAGUGCAACGCGAUAGUCUAGAACUCGGCGGCGGCGCAGAUCACCAACUGAUCCAAAAGAAACCUCCGAACCAUGAAGAUGACCAGGCAUCGACAUUUUCAGCUCCACCCGCGUACGCGGAAGGUACUUCAAACAGCGUACCGUCGGGCGGAGAAGAAAACGGCGUGACUUUGUUUGAUUUGGGCGAAGGUGAAGAUAGCGAUAUCGAAGAGGACGACAGACUAAGCAAGAAAAGAUAG